AUGGCGAGCUGUGUCUCGACAAACACCAAGUUCUGUCUUUUGCUCAGCGUCGUCGGCGCAGGAUCGGCAAUCAUCCAUUUCCAGGAACUGCUGUUUGGAUCAAUACUUCUGAUCUGGACGACGCUUAUUUAUCUGCUCAACAUCCAUUCCAAGAGGGUACAGCGACUCAUCAGCUCCUUUAACCGAGACCUUCAGAUCGACAAGAGCUUGUUUUCGGCUGAUUUUGAUUUCCGGAAGGAAGUGAUCCGGCGAGUUUGGGACGAGAGUCUCAAUGCGUGUUCUGUUCUUGUGACGAUAUCUUACUCCAAUGGUUUUAGGAUUUUGGGCAUGCCCGAGUACCGGAUGGCCGAAGGGAAGCGCUUGCAAUGGUGGGAAGAGGUUCCGGGAGCGUCUUGUCUGGUCAAUUUUGACGGAACUCAUGGGGAACGACUGGUUGAGAAUGUGCGACUAUUUGAGGGGCUUGGUGCGGAGAGGUACGGCCGAGCUGCAGGCCAAGCAGGCCACCGGGCAGACCCAAAAGCGCUCGCAAUACAGAGCGUUAUCCGGAGCGAGUUCACCGGGCCCGACUGUUUCUGGAAGCCGCAUAAUGCGGCUGAUCUUGUUGGCGUGACCACCUUCUUCGGCCGCGCCGAUGUCGUCCCGUUCCCGUUCACGGUGGUCUUCAAGUAUGACCAACGGCCCGCGGAUCCCGUCUGUAUCUCCACCCCCGCUGACCUGCGCGCAUCUGUUGCCCAGAACCAGAACGCCCAGGUCCAGAUGCGGCGAAAGGUGCGUCUGGUCUUACGCGCACUAGAGAAUAAAAUCGUCUUUGCCCCGAUCUCGGUACCCUGGGAGGCCGUCCUGCAAGCUACCUCAAAGAAUAGACGAUGGCCAUGGUGGCUCCAGGGCGCGCGCUCGGACGUCCAGUUCCGUAGCGGAGUCUUGAUUGAGUACGAGGAUGGCCAAUCGACCAAAGCCAAUGGGACCACGAUCUCCUGGAUCCGGCAUACCCGGCUACCGCGCUCCCUAGGGUUGAGGGACGACUUCAAAGUCACGCCGAUGUUGUCCAAGCUCUUCCACGAUAACCACUCGAUCAUCUCGACCACGCUGGAAAAAGUGGACCGGGCACUCCGCUUCAAGAAAGUCCAAGCGACCGUUGAGGCCAGCUGGAUCGACAGUCAAAGAUCAGCAAAUUGA